AUGAAGAUUGUCAUCAUCGGCGCUGGCAUCGCUGGAUGCGCAGCAUACCUUGAAUUACGCAAGCACCUUCCAACUUCCUCUGAAGACCAUGAAAUCAUUAUCUACGAGGCAUACAGUACCGACUUGAAUGUGACUGCAGAAGAAAGACAACAGAAGGAAGAAAGCAACACUCACUCCUCGACACUCCUCGUAGGUGGCGGUCUCGGCAUUGCCGCAAAUGGUCUCAACGUCCUACGACGACUAGAUGAGGAUCUACUGAGGGAUGUCGUGCGCAGCGGAUACGCUGCUUCAACAUUCAAUAUGAAGAGCAAGCAUGGGUGGUCUCUUGUUUCCAUGGAUGCCACCGGUCACACCUCUUCGGAGAAGCAACGCAUGCAUAUGGUGGCCGCCAGUCGCCAUUCCUUGUGGCAAGCUUUGCGUUCACGAAUCCCGGAUGAACAUAUCAUCAACAAGCGUAUUUCUGAGGUCGUCGCUAGUUUAGACGGCAAGAACGUUAUAAAUUUUGUGGAUGGUAGCCCCUCAGUGGAAGCAGACCUGGUGAUCGGAGCUGAUGGCGUUCGAAGCACUGCCAAGCGGGCGAUCUUCCCGGAAUCUAAGGAAGACCCUUACCCACCGAACUACGAGGGUCUUGUGGGCGUUGGAGGCUUCAUUCCAUCAGCAGAUGUGAAAGGCCUCGUCGAAGAUGGUUCUAUGAACUUCAUUUUCGGUGGAAAUGGUUUCUUCGGAUACUUUUUCUCUGAAAGUGCCAUCUCUGCUCCCAAUCGCGAAUCGCCAUAUCACGUCUCAGAGCCAGGUGACUCGUUAGCAUGGUGGUCCACGUAUGAGAUCGAACAGUGCCCGGAUCGCAAAACCCUCGACAUGGCCGACGUCACUCGACAACUAUGUGAGCGACACUCCCAUUGGAAAGACCCCGUCGUCCAAAAGAUCAUCCAAUCUCUUAAGGUUGACAGCAUGUACCCGACAUGGACUGUUCCUCCCCUUCCAACGUGGGAGCGCGAUGGCGUUGUUCUGGUAGGAGAUGCAGCCCAUGCACUUCCUCCAAGCUCAGGACAAGGCUCGUCUCAGGCAUUGGAAGAUGUGGAGGCCUUUGUGCUUCUUUUGUCGCAUCAUCUUCACCAAAGCGACUCGGGGAAGAAUAUGAUGACGAGCAAUAGCCUGAAAUAUGUUAUCAAGAGAGCAGCUAGUCAGUAUAUGGCUUUGCGAAAGCCCCGCGUUACCGAGAUCUUGAAACAUGCUCAGCAGACUCAGAGCAAGAAGCGUGAUAUGGGCGUGGUCCAAGAGUACUCUAUGUAUACUUUCUUGAAGAUAAUGGGACUGUUUCCGGGUCUGAUGGGUGGUCAACUUCAGAAAGUGAUAAAUUACAACAUCGCUGAAGAAGUGGCAAGAGUUAUCGCCUCGGAUUCCUGA